AUGGAAAGGAGAAACCCCAGAAAUAUGAAAUAUGAGUAUGUUUUGCCUUCCUCUUGGUGGACAGAGACUGUUGAUUCCCAUUGUUUGCUCCUUCAUGUUCCAGGAUUCAAGAAGGAUGAAGUGAGGAUUCGAACAGAUAGCCACGGCCACGUCAUUGUGAGCGGAGAAAGGGAGGCCAACGACAACACCAUCCUACAUUUCGAGCAGGCAUAUAAAGUACCAGAAGGUUGUAACAUCGAAGAAACCAAUGCCAUCUUAGAGGACGAGACCUACUACAUUACUAUAGCCAAGAAAAACGACUCCAAAGUCGAGAACUCAAUCCGAGGCUCAGCUCAGGGAGACCUUAAAGCUCAAGACAGCCCUUCCGACAGCGCAGAAGAGAACACCAACAAGAAUGAUUCAAUUGGAGAGAGGCCGGAGAGCAGUUUCUUGCAGAAAAUGUCGAAUAUGAUGAAGACGGGGGGAAGCCUUGUUUUGACAUCUUUACUAGCAUUUUCAUUGGGAGUUUUUGUUUCUCACCAUUACCAGUCGACUCCACAGGUUGUGCUUGAAACAUAUCGAUAA